AUGAGAUACGAGGAGAAGGCGUGGAUCGCGACGAUCGAGCAACGAGAGACGAUUCUGGAGAUUAAGAGGAACGUGGCCGAGACGCAGAACAAGACGGAGGCGACGAGGGAGUCGUACGUGCCGUGCAGGAAAGAGUUUUUUUGGAAAUUGCCUCCGUUAGUUCUCGAAUAUUAUAGUUCUCCUAGUUCUCGAACUUUAACUACUUUCAGUUUUGGCCAAUCUUCCCGUUCAACAAGAAGUUGAGCCAGUGGGCGCAGAAACUCAACGUCGACGAAAAAAAGAUUUUUAAAGAGAUGAACCUCUUCCAAAUCGCUCAUCUUGUCAUCAGUACGGACAGGAAAAAGCAAGCAGAAGACUCGAGUGAGUUCAUUUUUUUCGCCUUUUUUUUGUACCGAGUAUCAAAGUUUGAAGUUUGCAGGCGGGAUCCCUGUGGAAAGAGCUUGUGGAGCUUGUGAAAGCAAAAGAUGCUGCACAAACGAAAGAGUUUAUCGCGAAGAACUGGCAGAUGAAGAUCGGAAACUAUACGAGCCAAUACGUGGUGAAUGCGCCGGAAGUUCGGGCGGAUCACAAACUUCUGUGGACCGGCCUGCCGCAGGGGCCGAACAACAAAAUGAACAGUCUCGUUGCCAUUAAGGCCGUCCACGAGUACCGAAUGCUCGCCGUCCUCCUCAAAACGCCUCCGCAAUGCUUCCUCGAACCGUACUACGAGGCGAAAACGUCUCCACCGCCGGGAACAAGGAUCUCCUACCGGCACUACUGUCUGCUCCAUUCGCGAUUGGCUUGCGACAGUCUCGGAGGCCGAAUCAAUGAAUUGAGUGCGGCGGAACAGCAAAAGUUGUUCGACAUAAGCUUGACAAUGGAUACCGAUGAGCCGGAAUCCUGGCACGAUAUGUUCGUGCUCCUUUUUCCUUGA